UUCCACAUAGCCCUCAUUAUUGAGUCCCUUUAGCAGCCUCGGAAAAUUGAACUUUCCACAUAGCCCUCAUUCUUGACUUUCUUGCCUUAUAUUUUGGUUUGAGAGAGAGAGAGAGAGAGAGAGAGAGAGAGAAUAUGGAGGAAUUGCUCUGUGAUGCAGCACUGAGAGGGGAUAUAGAAUCACUGCACGAAAUAAUUAGUAGAGAUUCUUUCAUCCUGUAUAAAGUUUGUGUGGGAAGUUUCAAAGGGAAAAAUCCUCUUCACGUGGCUGUAUCAAUAGGGCAAAGAGAAUUUGUUCUAAAGCUUCUGGAAAUUAAAUCAGAUCUUGCUGAAGUUUUAGAUACGGAACUAGGGGCGGCCCUUCAUGUAGCAUCCUCGAAGGGGUACAUAGAGAUUGUGAAAGAUUUAGUGAAAGUUAGCCCUAAGAUGUGUCUAGCCCGUGAUCGAGAUGGUAAUAACCCUCUUCACAUUGCUGCGAUCAAAGGUCAGGUCCAAGUCUUAAAAGAGUUGGUUCGAACGAGUCCCCACAGAUCAGCUCGAGCUAAGGUGGAUCAAGGCGACACCAUCUUGCACUUAUGUGUAAUGUACAAUCAGUUUAAUUGUCUAAAACUAAUGGUAGACAUGAUUCCAGACCCCGAUUUUGUCAAUGACGCUGAUAGUGAUGGCAACACCAUAUUGCAUCUAGCUGUUUUUGAAAAACAAUUGAAGAUGAUCAAACAUGUGCUUACCAACAGCAAAAUAGAUGUGAAUGCAAUAAAUAAAAGUGGGCGAACCGCGCUGGAUGUUCAUUUCCUAGCAGUCGGAAAUCCAACAGAUUCGGAGAUUCAAGACAUCUUACUUGAAGCCGGGGCCAAAAGGCGCGAACAUGCAGAGGUUGAUCAGCAGUUCGAGCCUUCGUGGCGGGCUCAGAGAAGGGAUACGUUCAUGGUUGUAGCUUCGCUGAUUGCGACAAUGGCAUUCCAAGUUGGGCUGAACCCGCCGGGCGGUGUAUGGCAAGACCACGAUUCACAAGGACAAAUAACCGGAAAAUCCGUACUUGCUCAUGCCGACGGUUCUUUGUUCUACCGCUUGAUGAUUGCAAACACAAUUGUAUUCCUCGUGUCUCUGAGUACAAUCGUGCUACUCAUUUUUUCUAUGCCAGAGCCAAAAAGGGUUUAUAGGUGGACUCGAGCUAUGAUCACGUGGAGUACAAUCAUAGUUACGGGAUCUACUUACACGUUUUCUAUCACUGCUAUUACACCAGCGAAGUUCCAUGAUGGGACGGGUGCGGACGAAACAUUUGUAGCUGCUACUUUGCUGUGGAUCGCGGUGAUGACAGUUUCCACGGUGCGUAGUACUUUUUCUACACGGAAGAGUCAGAAUGUAGGCCAUGGGAAAGGAUCGAUCCUCAAGGCCGGCAGAGGAGGUAGGCCGAGAUCAGGUGCAAAUGGAUAUGGCGGGAACCACCAGUCCAAUGUUUGAUUCCAACUUUUAAUUCGUGCUCUUGCUUCUGUGAGUUAAUUUCUUCUUAGGGAGUGCUACAAUACAAGGCAGGAUCUUCUGUGCCGAAAACUCAUGUGCUUUUGUGCCGAAGGGGUUUUCCGACUGUUGUAUUAGAACAUAAAAAAAAUAAUCAUACAUUCCAACGGCCGAAAAAUCCUUCGGCAUAGAGGCAUAGAGGUUUUCAGGACAGAGGAAACCGAACCCCUAAAAUACACACUUCCUUCGAUCGGUGUGUUUGUUGGAUAUGCAUGAUUGUUGCAUUCGUAUUUUGUGAUUAUGCUACGAAUUUAUGUGACUUGUGUCAUGAACGCAAUUUGACAGUUAAUAGCAAUGUUUAAU